AGAGAGAGAGAGAGAGAGAGGGGGAGAGAGAAGACAAUUAUUCGCAAAAGAUAAAGAAAACUUUCGGCCGAUAGGAACGGACACUUCCGUUCGAGGAGCGUCGUCAUGAUCACGUCGUCGUGACACGUAAAAGACAGUUGAAGAGAUACAGAGAAUGGAAGGGGUGGAGGCGAAAGGUGUGUAAUUUGCGAGGCGACCAUUGCGAGGCGUCGUUGCGGCGGUGACGGUAGCGGUGGCGGCGACGGCGACGGCGCGAGUAAACAGUGGAUCAGCUGAUGAGGCACAACACGAGAGAGGAGCAGUCGUACGUGGUGGAAGGCAGACUGGUUGUUGAAGUCGACCGCCGCGUUGGUCGGUUAUGGCGACGAGCAGCUCCGACGGCUCCUGCACUGCACCCGCGGACUUUCAGCUGUCUUCCGAGUUGGAGGACGUGUCCAAUCGCUUGAGCGCGAGCCUGCUCAAGUGCCCGCUGUGUCACAGCAGCCGUCGGAUCUUCCACUGCCGCCAGUGCAUCCAAAACGGCGAUUUCACGCACUCGAACGCGGUUUACUCUGAACGGUUUGCGGACAAGCAGAUGCGGUUGCUACGACUAAAAGCCGCUAGAGCUCAGUUGGAGGAGAAGUGCGUAAAGGCUCUCGAGAGGCGCAAGCAAAAAGACAAACUGAUAUGUGAUAUAAAUAUCUGUAAAGAAAGAGUCAGACUUCUUCAAAGCUUGGUGAAUGAGACAAAACAGAGUAUCCACAGAGGCAAUCAGCGUUUGAACAUUCUAAAAGACAGCAACUCGCAAUUAAUUCAGCGUUUGCCAAGGCACGAGGAGAGAGUAGAAAAAUUGCAUUGUUAUGUUAGCAGCUUGAAGGCUAAGCGAGAGAAACAGCAAGAAGCAGUGGAUAGAAAGAGGGAGCAACUCAAAAACGUUAUCAGAACUACCAUCAGCCAACUAAUUCAAUAUAUCUUUCCGUUAUCUCGGGUUCAGCCAAACAGGAGUUUGUGUAGCAGCGAAGACAGCGACAGUACAACCUCAGAUAUCGUCACCUCUGCGUUAGCGGAAGCGUCAGGCACAUCGUAUGUCCGAGGUAGAUGGAUCAGCGACAAAGAAAAUUCGUCGGAAAUCCGUCAUUGUAUAGUCGAACCAACAUUGCCAGGGACGGGAGACUAUAGCGCUUACUCUCAUUGGGUCGCAGCGAACAAGGACGGCGUACCAACAGGUGCAAACAGAGAAAAUGCGAUGCACAAUCCGGCGUACAAUAUCAGCGCUGGUUUAUCCUUCACUACACAACUCGUUAAUGUUAUUGCUUCUUUCGUUAACGUAAAGUUACCGUACAAACUUACAUGUGGGGAAUUUGGACAUGAAAUGUCGGAUCAAAAAUUCGCCAGGAAAGUAGCAAGGUUAAACAGCAACGUAUUACACUUGUGCUUUACGCAAAAUACCGACACAAGGGUUUUACAUCCGAUGCAUACUUUGCAAAAUCUGAUGCACUUGCUCAAUACUGAAAUUAGUGACUUGGGAAGAAUUGGACCAAUGGAAGCUGAUCCGGCUAUAAUAGCACAACUUCACAAUCAGUUGAUUCCUGAUUUGGAAAACAGUGACGAUUCGGGUUCCGACGAGGAGGAAGAUGCGUGUGCGGGAUGGGAAGCGGUGCCGAAUAUCGCUUGUCCCGAAAUGACAGUACCUAUUCCUAGUGCGAUGGUUACUCAGCAGGCCUCUAGUAUGCAAGUGCAUCAGAGUGUUGCCGGUGGCUUGGUAACGAGUGCAGCGGCCAGUAUCGCCUCGAUCUGGCGAGGUUGGACUAACAAGUAACUUUUUCCUUACGGAUAAAAGGCAGGUUUCAUUUUAUACGGAGAUUUGUUGCGUCUCGAUUUCUCUCCAAGUCGCGAAGAGCGGAAAACCCGCGAGGGCACUUCGACACAAACGUGAUGUGUAAGAGGUGUAUUUACGUUUCGUACGAUAAUAUUUGCGUAGCAGGGAGAGAGUAUGGAUAUACACGCGACUUUCUUGCGUGACAUUCAAAGUAGUUCAAAUAUACGCUGUGACAGAUUUCGUUAAAACUAAUCUAACUUAAUUGAAUUAUAAAGUAAAUCGAGAGAGAAGAAGGAUUAGAGUAAAUAUAUAAAUAGCAUAGUCGUUUAACGAAUUUAUGGACAUUUUAUAUUUCGACGCACCACGAGUAAUAGUUUAGAUUGCGUGAUACAAUGAGAGACGGAUAUAUUAAUAGUAUGCGGAAGCAGAAUGUGUAUAUUAAUUAGCAAAACACGUAGCUAUAAAACUUGUUACGACCGAAUAUGUGCAAUGACUGCCUUUUCUAUGCUCACUGCACUCUGGACAUUAUUGUACAUUCGUUGAUUAAAGUAUAUACACGAAAAGGACGCGCCAAGACACGCUUCCCUGGGUUAAAUUUGCCGUUGAUAUAUCUUGUAUUUGGUGUGUGUAUGUGUGUGUGUAUGCGUGUGUGUGUGUGUGUGUGUGGAGGGAAAGAAAGAGUGAGCGCAACCAAUAUCGAAAUUAGAUCUUUUCGAUAUUGUAAUUAUCAUUGUAUGGGAUCAUUGUAUCCAAUAUCUUACGAUCUUUUGCUCGGCGACAAACAGUCCGAUCGCAAUAAUGUAUUAAUCCUAUAUAAUAUCGGGAAAAUUAAUGCAGUUCAAUUGAUAUGUUAAAUGAAUUCUGAAAUGUUUUUAACACGGGAACUAUAUAUGGAGAAACAUUGUGUAUCGCGUAUAUUUUCUACCAUGUAGUAUAAAAAAAGAUAAGAUUUAUUAAACGUUUCAUACUUAAUAAUAUAAGAGAGGCAAGUAUUACGCGUUAAUUGGAUUCAAUUGUAUUAAGUACAGCAAGAUGAGAGAGCAGGAUUACCAGUAUUUUGAAAUAUAUGGUCAUCCGUGAGAAACUAAGACACUAUUGUACGUAGAUGAUUUUCCCUCUUUUUAAUUGAAUAUAAUAUUUCGUGCGCGGUCAGUUUGUAAUAAUUUAGUUUUAUUUUUGUACAUCGCGUUGAAUCGAAUUUUUCACGUUUCUUAAAUAAGCAAAUAAUAACUUAUUUCUGGUUAUUCUAGAGUAUCGCGGAGAAAGCCAGGAGGAAGGUAGUCGAUAAUUAUUCAUUCACACGAUCUAAGUUUACACACAAACGUAAUCUAUUUGGUGAUUAAGAAGAUGCUUUUUACGCAAUGUAUUCGUACCGUAAACACACAUUCGUGAUUUUUAUAAGCGCAGAUACUUCUUAGGCAUACAUGUAGGGAUAAAAUGGGAAGAAGAAAUGUAGAUAGGUAACAUAGACAGAUUAUGUGUGUGUUCAUCUAUUUAUAAUACCGCAUCAUUUUCUCCUAUGUGUAUAUCCAAUUUUCGGAGCAAUGUAACAUGUUACAUUGUGACACGUAGUAAAACGUGAUUUUACGAACGGACAACAACAAACUAUGAGAUAUUGGAAUGCUGAAACUAUCGCGUGUCUCACCACAUUUACAUAACGAUGCAUAUCUAAUUAAUUUAAUAUAAUUGCCGUUUGUGUGUGAUAUUAAAAAAAGCGUUACUUAAGUUGGAGUGUAAGACGAAAGGAAUUUCAGUCGUAAAACGCAACAACUCGAGAGCAUCACACAUUUUUAGAAAUGUACAAAAAUACGAUAUGUCAAGUAGGUUAAAUAAUUAUCGCGUGCAUGUGUCGGCGUGCGUAUGUGCGAAUGGUAUAUAUGUAAUUUGUAUCUUAUUACUGUGUAAAAUGGCUAUGUUUUAUCUGAACAAAGAUACAUUGUGAUACCUCGAGUAAAAUAGGACCUGUUUUCUCUUUCUCUCUCUCUCUCUCUCUCUCUCUCUCUCUCUCUCUCUCUUGUUUUCUUUUUUAUAUCAUUAUUACUCCGUAUGUCUAAGUAAUAUUAACGACAAAAAGCAUACUUUUUAAAUAUACCAAUUGACGGUACAUACCGUUUUAGAUCUUUUGUAUCUUCUUCGAUAUUUUGGAAUAAAUAUGUAAAAGUGCGA